AUGGUGGGAUUCUACUGUGUGUUCAACGCUGUGACCAACGCUGGACCUAUACAAUGUUUUAUUAUUUUUACUGUAUUGCUUUGCCUUAGGAAGCACAAGACUUUGGCAUUAGUUAAAGACAACAGGCCCAUCGGUGGCAUUUGUUUUCGUAUGUUUCCAACCCAGAAUUUUACAGAAAUUGUCUUCUGCGCAGUAAGCUCAAAUGAGCAAGUAAAGGUGAGACUUCAUAAUGUUCUAUACCGAAAGUCGUGGGUUUUCUCCGGGUUCUCUGGUUUCCUCCCACAGGGAAUGUUGACAGAGUGGGUUGAGAUUAGCCCCCUAGCUGACCCUUCCCGGCUUCCACCGUAGCUGUGCUCCCAUGACCAGACAUGAGUCAUAUGUCAUGAGUCAUUUAGCGAGUUUGAGUUCGCGAUGUUCGCGAGUUUGAGUUUGAGUUCGCGAUUAGUUAUCAUAAUUACUAUUUUGGAGGUGAGUGCCCUGCAUGGGACCUUUUAUAAGAGUCCCGUUCGUACCUUACAUUUUUGGAUCUACAUUUGAUAUCUAGGUUAUUUUAACUUAAUGUAAUAUGUGUUCUCUUAUGUUCUUUUGUUUGUUAAAAAUUGUGAAUAUCGAUCCAAAUAAAUUUGUUAAAUUAAAUAAGGUGGCUAACAAAGGCGCCCUUAGUACACCUUCGACUAGAUCAGGUUGAGCUGCGUCCUUCGCAAUUUAGCUUAGCUCUCAGCUACAAGUAAGGAUGGUCAGCACACCCCACUUACUACUUACUUAUUGUAUAAAGGCGGUCGUAAUUACUUUGCUUGAAGUUAAUUUCGAGAGAAAAAAGAAGGACAACCAUUUUUCGAAUCGGUCUAUGUUAUAUACUAUAUUUUGUUAUCCUAGGGUUAUGGAACGCAUUUGAUGAAUCAUCUCAAAGAUUAUCACAUUCAACAUGGGGUACUCAAUUUCCUAACUUAUGCGGACGAAUUUGCCAUUGGCUAUUUUAAGAAGCAGGUAAGUACUUAAUAAUGCAGCAGUUUUAAUAAUGCAGCAGUUUUUAAUGACUUUCGAAUGGUAUUUAAAGAUUUGCCACGUAUACUAUCAUGUAAAAGCUGAACUUUCACCAUUAUUGGUUACUAUAGAUUUGCCAUUUGGUAAAUUGGUAAAAAGUCACGAUGUUUAAUAUUUACCAUUAAAAAACUCAUUAAUAAUUCAGGAGGAAAACACAAAGAAAAAUCGUAAGCGUGUCGUAUCUUUAUAUGUGAUAAAAAAUCAUGUUAAUUUCCAUAAACUUUAGCUUUGAUUUUCUCGGUUUACACAAAGUUUAUUUUAAAAAUUACUUCGCCAAUCAACUCAUAUAAGAUGAAUCGUUUUUUUAAACCAUUUAAAGCACUUGUAGUCGUGUUUUAUUAGAUAUAAAACGCUCGGCUGCGCCUCGCGUUUUAUAUCUGAUAAAACACUCCUACGCGUGCUUUAAAUAGUACCUAAUGGUAUUUUCCUGCAUGGUAGAUAUUAAACAUCAUGGUUUUUACUAACUUACCAUAUGGGAAUCUAUAAUAACCAAUAAUAUUGAAAGAGUUCAAUUUUUACAUUCAAAAAUCCACCGUGACCACCCCAGGACAGCAAUGGUUGUUUUUGGUGUUUAGACUGAUUCAAUAUCAGAGUUUCCACCAUAAAUCCCAAAAAUAAGGGUUCCUGUAGUAUUUUAUUCAGUACGCCAUAAACCUCCGAAUACACACUUCAAAACAUAAGCGAGCUACCCUCUUGUCAUGUAUAAGCCAGUGAGCUCCAUAUAUAUCUGGAGCGAGAACGUGAAGCCAAAAUGGCGGAAAUUGACAUCUAGUACCAGUCUCCAAUUCUCCAUUGUAUUGACAAAGUUGUUGGGAGAAAUCUGCAAGGAGUGUUCCGAAAUUUCGUGUUGUUUACUUGUUCGGUUUUAUGAACUGAUAACUUGAUUGGCGAUACGAUCUGUGUAAACUAGAAUUGGCUGGGGAAAAUGGUAUCUAAAUAGACCUUUCCCCUUAUGAGUGAAAUUUUGAUCUUGACAAGCCUGGACAAAAAUUUCAUCACAGCUUGAAAGAGCAUCACAACAGUAGUAAUAUUUUUUUUAAGUCAUUUUGCAUUACAAAUGGGAAAUUGAUAAUCAGAUGAUCAAACUGAUUGUCAAUUUCCCGUUUGUAAUACAAAAUGACUGUAAAACGGCAAACUUCGCAAGGCUAUAUUAUCCGCAUUUUACAACAUUUCGCAACGAAACUUCGGAAUAUUACUAAUUUUGUGAUGCUCUUUCAAGCUGUGAUGAAAUUUUUGUCCAGACUUGUCUAGAUCAAAAUUUCACUCAAAAGGGGAAAGGUCUAUUGUUUACGACCUUCACAGAUUUUCGACGUCAAUUUCCGUCAUGUUGGCUUUACUUUUCCCAUAGGCUGAGUCGCUGAACUGCUUGUCCCAGAUAAUUUAGAGCUCACUGAUAUAAGCCCACCAUGUGCAUAAGACCAUUUGAAAUAUAAUAUCCCCGUGUAUCAAAAAUGGGGGCAAACAAAUUAAAGCCCAUAGCUUGUAUUCAGUUGUUCACGGGAUCGGAUUUGUGAUAGAAUAAAAUCUUAGGCAUACUCUGAAUUUAAUUGACAAUUUGCAUGUUAGGCUAAAUUUUAAUCUGAGUAAAGAGGAGGGAAUCAAACACCACAGCUAAAAAGAACACAAUGAAAUUAGUAAAACUGCAAAAUUUGGUUGCGAAAUAUUGGAAAGCUUGGAAAUACAAAUCUUUACAAAUUUUGUGUAUGUUUUGUAUUACGUGCAGAAAUUGUUACCAUUUUCGUCUCAAAAAUGGUAACAAUUUCCGCACGUAAUAUCUAAGAAGUAUAAAACAUUUUCCGUGUUGAUAUACGGUUAUAUUAACACAGUGGAAAUUGUGAAAACGAGAAAUUGUGUGGAAACACGACGCCCGAGGGGCGGAGUGUUUUCACACAAUUACGAGAUUUCCCUAUUUCCACGAAUGUUAAUAUAACUGUAUAUCAAUACGGAAAAAAAAAUUAUAUUUAUUUUAUGAUAUAGCAUAAAGAAACAUAAGGAGAGAAAUUUUCCGACGUUUCCGUGUUGACAUUAGAGACCUUACGAUUUUAGGACGGCAACGCGACGGCCAAAACAAACUCCUUCAAAUAAAUGGUAUAGUAAAGAUAGUUCGUCGUAUAUUAUCAAUCGUGUGAAUUUAAUACAGCUUCAGAAGUUGUAGACAUGGGUUUUAUAGUUGGGAAGAGUUCUGCUAAAACCAGUUUGAAGUUGCACUUGUUGUGGCUUGGAGUGCAGCUGUUGUAUCAAGACGUGAAAAUCUGUGAUUGGCGUUGUGAACAGAGCGAGGACAAUGUCUAAAUUAUUCAUAUAUUGUAAUUACUCAAUUCUUUUCAAUGAUCUAUUGUAUUGGUAGCAUAGAUAUCUUAUAUACACUAGAUAUAUAGCGCAUCUCUUUUAGUAAAAUUGAAGCCAAGAAUAUUCCAGCGGUUACCCCCAUUUGAAUAGAUGGCGGCCAUGUUGGAGUUUCCCACUCGCUAAUAAACGCUUAAAAACAACAAUAACUUUCAUCAUUUGAACAGUUUGAAAAUGUAUUUGGAAUAAGUUUAACUUAAUGUUUAAGUUCCCUGUUUAAGAAAUAGAAAACAUACGAGUCUUCUCAUUUCGUGGGAAUAUCCUGAGUCUGCGAUCACGGCUUCAAUUUUUGAAUUGCAGAAUAAUUAAAUGCACUAUCUAUUGUAUAUAUAAGAUAUCUAUGAUUGGUAGCUGUUGCCGUCGCGUUGCCGUCCUAAAAUCGUAAGGUCUGUAAUGAGUUAUAUCACCACAGCUCUCAGCCAAUCAGCGUUCAGAAUUACAAAUGCUAUAUUAUAAAAUAGGCCGUAUUCUGUGGCCGAUUAUCGUUCAGUUCCGCUCCCCCAUUCGGGAUCUACUUUUAGUUUAUAUGAAUCUAUAGAUUUUGAUACGCUGAGUACGAAUUCACUUGUUGUCACUCGCACAGACCCGUAGUUUUUUUGUAUUUUACGAUCAAACAUCAAAUUUAUUAAAAUUUCCGCCAUUUUGUUCAGAAAACUUCAUGUUAUAUACAGUUAUUGUACUAGUCCAAGUCUCUUAGCAGGGGGGUUGCACGCGGUAUUACGCAGUUUGUUAUCAUUCUUCUGAGAAAAAUAUACAGAAAUAAAAUAAAAAUAUAGAUAUUUUUCCACAAUAUAAAUGCAAAAAGUACUGCUACAUGUUUGUAAAUACUUAUGAAUUAAUCUAUUAUUCUUUAUUGCAUCAACUUUUGUUUUUUUUGGCUCAUCAUGAUGUGAAAUUGCAAUGACUGUCACUAUAUCCAGAAAGACUCUCACUUGUCAUUGGUAAAGUUGUUUAUUUUAUUUAUUACUGAAAUUAUGUACAUAAUUUUGGCCUUGCAAUGUGAAUAGGCAAUUUUUCUUUGAGAUUUUUGUCAACAAUGAAUAAGGAGCACAAUAUAUUUAUUUAAUAAAUGUUAGACCUAUUUGUAGACCAUUGCCCAUUAAUUUAUAUUAGCAGUUGAACUCAAUAAAAUUAACUCAUCUAUUUAAUAAAUCUGCACAUAAUUAGUUCCAUUUUCUUGUAUUAUAAUAACAUUUUUGCUGUUAUGGGACGUUGAGUUUUAUAAAUAAAAACUUUUGGAAGAUGACUUUCGCUAUACGACAGACAGCCUACUUUUGGUCUGUUUAUAUAUGGGGUUAACCCAACCUAGAUUAGCUAUAUUUAUUUAAUUACUUUAUUGUUAUUUAAGUAUUUACAUUAGCAAAUGGUGGCCGCACAGGACAUAGCCCCAAUUAUUACAGCUAUCAUAUAACAACCUAGCUUGGUUAUUCAAUUUAUGUGAGACUGUUGAGGCAAGCAUGGGCUUGCUGGAACAAAGCAGCUAAGCAAAAAACUAUAUUCACACAAGCAAAUCUCAAAGUCAUGCCAUCUAGAAACAUUAAUUGAUCGAACCAUUUGAGGUUUAAAUGUGUAAAAAAUAUUAAAUACAACAUAUUGUCAUGAUCCAUCAUACCUUAAGCUCUAAUCCUAUUUGGGCUGCCAUUAAUUACCAACUGAACUACUGGAGACUCAGGAAUAUUUUAUAUUUGACCAGGCAGACAAUAGAAAUUUAAAGUAAUCUGGCAUCACUACUUACCAAUAUGCCUUAGUUAUAUAAACCUUCUUUCCUCUUGGGCUGGCCUGCCUGGCCAAGACUCUUUCCCAAGCCUUAGAUCUUGGGUAACAGCUGGGCAUUAAAUAAUUAAUACACAAUUCACAUCAAUCUAUUGAUAUAAAUAACAUUUCUUUAUUUUCUUAGGGAGUGUUUAUAUGGAGGAGAGCCAGCCCAGAUACCUGAGCUAGCUUGCUUUGCCGAGAUCUAGCAUCGCUAUGUAAUUUAUACUAACAUUUAUCUUGUGUUUAAAUGGGAACCGAGCUGGCCUGCCUAGGUAAGACCAAUCAUUUGUUUUGGCAAGACAGCCCACCUCAAAAGUCUCAUGUAAACAUAGGAUAAAAUCAGCUCAGCAAAGAGAGCUAGCUCGGGUACCUGUAUGGGUUCACCUCCAUAUAAACACCCCAUUAGAAGAUUUCAAAGUUAAAAUUUCUUUUGAAAUCUCUCGGAGGGAUAAAACCUUGAACUUCAAAACUUUAUUGUUGACAAAAAUUCCAGCUAGACAGUAUCCAGGAAAAUUGCCUUUUCAUAUUGCAAGGCCAAAAUUAUGUACAUAAUUUCAGUAAUAAAUAAAAUGAACAACUUUACCAAUGACAAGUGAGAGUCUUUAUGGAUAUAAUGACAGUCUUUGUAAUUUCACAUCAUGAUGAGCCAAAAAACCCAAAAGUUGAUGCAAUAAAGAAUAAUAGAUUAAUUCCUAAUUGUUUACAAACAUGUAGCAGUACCAUUUAUAUGUAGCAUUUAUAUUGUGGAAAAAUAUCUAUAUUUUUAUUUUAUUUCUGUAUAUUUUUCUGAGAAGAAUGAUAACAAACUGCGUAAUACCGCGUGCAACCCCCCUGCUAAGAGACUUGGACUAGUACAAUAACUGUAUAUAACAUGAAGUUUCCUAAACAAAAUGGCGGAAAUUUUAAUAAAAAAAUGUUGAUGUUUGAUCGUAAAAUACAAAAAAACUGCGGGUCUGUGCGAGUGACAACAAGUGAAUUCGUACUCAACGUAUCAAAAUCUAUAGAUUCAUGUAAACUAAAAGUAGAUCCCGAAUGGGGCAACAGAACUUAUUUUCUAAGCGACUUUUGGGGUCGCAGAAUACGGCCCAAAACAUAUACAAAACAUGCAAACUUUGCAAGGCUACGUUUUCCGUAUUUUACAACAUUUCGUAACGAAAUUUUACCGUUCUUUAUACGGGAAUUUACUUUUUUGCCUAGAUGAAAAAUUAGUCUAACACGCAAGUUGUCUAUUUCGUGAGCGACUCAAAGAUUUCGUUGUUGCCGCAAUUUUAAACGAUAUUCAUUUAUUUUUUAGCUAGGUAAAUUUACUUGAAUCUUAUAUAUGUAUUCUUUAUUUUUUCAAGGGAUUUUCUAAGGAGAUCACGUUAGCGCGAACUGAUUACCAUGGUUAUAUAAAAGAGUAUGAAGGAGCAACCUUGAUGCAUGUAAGAACAGUGUUAGAUUUCUGUCUUAUUUUAACACUCACCAACACGUUGUGCUCCACUUUUCAGUGGUAUAAUAUACCCUUAAUGAAACAGUGUUGUUUUCCCGAGAUUGUCAACAUUCCAGUGACGUUGUCGGAGGGAAAUAAAACAGCAUUUCCCGAGGGAACUGACAUUAAGUGUUUUGUUGUAUACAGCUAUUUUUCUAUUGAAUUAAUGUUGUAGUCAACUGUGCAUUCCAAUACCUAAUUUUUAAUAUUUUAACUGUUUUAGUAGAUAAAUUUAAAAAUACCUUUCUAUUUUGGCAAUUCGUGGGGUAUACAUGCUUGAUUUUCUUGGUUUGCAUUUAAUUUAACGGUGCAACACGAAUAGAAAUUUGCAAAUUAGGGACAAACGAUUGAAGUUUGUACAUACAAAUAAUGUGCUAACUGCUGCACCACUUACUAAUCCUACGAGGUGAUAUAUUCCCUAUAACAUAUAACUCAUUUCCAUUAUAUUCUUCGUUCUUGGAUUGUACAUUUGGCUAUUGCUUAAGCUUGUGACAAACAUAAUUGAAAUAGCCGUAGUGUCACGAAGCAAAAUAAACAACACUCAUACAUUCAACCAUUAUAGUAUAUUAAUGAAAAUUCUUUAACAUAAACUAUUUUAACAAUACAAGAACGUAUUGAAAAUAUUUCAGCACCAUUCCCUGUUGCCUGUUGUCUAUUUUUUUAGGCACUGUAUUUUUUUAAUAAACUGUGAGAACGUUAUUUAGUACAAACUUUCGGCUCCAUUUUGUGCAUUCGGUCGGAGCGGGGGAACAUGCAACAGACCUUUAUAAAAAGGUUGACGUCAGCAGGCUUGUGACGAAGUUUGCGGAGAAAAUCCCGAAAGCUCAGAGUUGUUUACUUGUUUUUGAGUUUUUUAAAAGCCAAAAGAAGCCAGUAUUAUGGUAAGUACGUUGGAAGUAUUUUUUUGUAUAUAUAGGCCAAAUGAGUUUUCAUAUUCGUCGUAGUUUAAAUUUUAUUUGUUUUUAUAUUAGAUUGUACAUUUAUUUUACUGUCAACAUUUAGCAAAUUGUUCGCUCGGUUUGUUUACAUAUACUUCGUUGCUAAAAAGUAUAUUGUUUCUUUUUUGUUUCUCAAAUUCAGCAGUCUAAUCAUCAGAAUGGCCCCAAUCAAGUUGUAGACAGCAAUACACGGGCUCAGUGAUCGUGCAAAAACAUUAAGAGAUAAAUAAGUGAACUUAGACUCCGAGUACAUCUUGUACACAAUGACUCGUAUUAAGACUGAUAAGUCUAUUAUUUUUAUCGAUAUAGUUGACAGAAAAAGACAUACCCGGGUCGUAAAUUGGCAAGGAUAUUGAAAAAGCUACCAAAAAUAACUUAAAAUUUCGGCUGAAGUGUAGAGAUUUAAAGUUUAAAUCUUCAGAAACGAAAGCGGGGCUGUUUACACUGAUGAAUUUGAGAAACAAAAAAGAAAACAACGAAAUAUGUGUAAACAAACCGAACGAACAAUUUGCUAAAUGUUCAUGACAGUAAAAUAAUGUACAAUCUAACAUAAAAACAAAUAAAAUUGAUACGACGAAUAUGAAAGCUAGCUCGUUUGGCCUAUAUAUAGAAAAAUUUGCUUCAAACUUACCAUAAUUCUGGUUUCCUUUGGCUUUUAAAAAACUCAAAACUAGUAAACAACUCUGAAGUUUCGAGAUUUUCUCCGCAAACUACGUCACAAGCCUGCUGACGUCAACCCUUUUAUAAAGGUCUUAUCAUGCUCUUGUUCCUUCGCCGGAUGCAUUGCGGUUAUCUAAAGCCACGUGACCACAAAUCGGCCAAUCACAUUUAAUGUUAAGCACUAGCUAUAUAGCGAUAAUAAUUGUAGUGUUCUGUUUUUGUUCUCUUUUUAAGUGUAUCCUCAACCCCAAGAUACAAUAUACAGAAUUCUCAUCUGUAAUAAAGAAGCAAAAGGAGGUAUAUAUAUACAUAUAUAUAUAUAUAUAUAUAUAUAUAUAUAUAUAUAUAUAUAUAUAUAUAUAUAUAUAUAUAUAUAUAUAUAUAUAUAUAUAUAUAUAUAUAUAUAUAUAUAUAUAUAUAUAUAUAUAUAUAUAUAUAUAUAUAUAUAUAUGCUAGUUCUAUUCGUUUUACUGCAUGUCACUGCCAUGGAAGGAUUGAUAAAGGCAUCAGUAAGUUCAUUGAAAAAGUGAAGAAAUCCCGCCGUCAUGUUCUCCUGUACCAUCUUGCAGUAUUCAAUUAAACUGUCGACCAUCAGUCGGGUAUUUUCCGAGCAAAAUGCCAAUAUGUGGCUGUUUGACAUCGCUCUUGCACGAAUGUUAUAGCCAUAGGCGUCGAAAGAUCGAUAAGUGAAGAAUUUCUCCAUCAUUCUUGCAAAGACCAAAUCACAAUCUCGUACUGUCUAUAAAGGGUCUUCGACGGCGCGAUUGUCAAAGCAAGCGCCUUUCACCUUGAUUGCCGCUGCGAAUUCAUGUGAAAAGAGUCGGUCAACGCUCUACCGAAAGUCCUAGGUCCGGUUUCCUCCUUCAUGGAAUGUUGAUUGGGUGGGUUGGGAAAAACCACAACUGACCCUUCCACCAUACAGCUGUGCUCCGUGUCCAGAUAGUUAUUAAGGAGUUUAAGAUCUUGGCGACGAACUACCGACUACGUUUGAAAUAGUUUUUGUUAUAAGUAUGCAAAUACUAAAUGCUUGUCAUAACAAAUUUAUCCAAGUAUGUUUUAUGUGCAUUGUUUUGUGUUCGGUAAGUUUCAUCUUUUAAUUUUCACCAUUUCUUUAUAAAAAUACUCUCCAACCUGCAACAUUGCGUAGUCAGUUCGGUGCCAUGUUCUUGAUUCUGUUUUACAAUACAAAAGGGUGAUUUUUACGUUGUAGCCAAGGUCGCUACGGUGAAAAGUAUGCUCUGGGGAUAUGUAAAUGUGGUCUUCCUCUGUUAAAUCAAUGCGAAAACCGGCUUUCAACCGUACUGCGUACCCGUUGUUCGUUGUCGGCAUCUUGAUCUCCCUAAUAAGGUGGGCUGCCUGCUCCUCUUGGAAAGCCUUCGACUCGAUGAGGUUGAGCUGCGUCCUUCGCAAUUCAGUUUAGCUCUCAGCUGAAAAUAAGGCUGAUUAGCCCACCCUCACUUAGUUGCUUAGUUACAAAGAUUUCUCAUUCCUUUCAACUUCGUAAUAUUGUGAGGUAUACUGAUCAGAUAAAUUGCUGUAUAUUAUAUUAAAUUUAUUUUCAAAUUUCGUAUGCAAAUGAAAUAAUCACAAUGCAUUGUACUGUAAUUUUUUUCUGUUUUGAAUCUUAUAAAUAACCAGACAUUGUAUUACAGUGCAGUGCCCUGGAGCAUUCGACAUAGUAUUUUUGAAUAAAUACCAAGGCUUCUAUAGGAUUCCGAACAAACUAAUCGACCAACCAACUAAGGGCCUCUUUCUAUAUGAAGGCGAGUUACCCGGGAAGACGAGUUACUCGCCCAGGCGAGACAAACAAGCGCUCUGUUUAUAUGGAAUUUGAGUUACUCGGCAUUUGCUGCAUGAUUGCGCAUGACGCCAAAACACAAAAAGGAUUUAAGCUGUUUGAACCGUUAAAAACAUUACAAAAUGUCGUCAAAAUACAAGAAUAAGCGCCGAGAAAUUCAGGAAAAUUUAUCUAUCGAUUCGUAUGUUCAUACAUUCUAUCUCGGGCGGCCAAGUUACUCGAGUAAGGUGUUUAUGUGAUAAGAUAUUCAUAUCGACUAGGCGAUUUCCCGCCUCUUCCUGCCGGGAACUCGCCACGCCCAAGGCGAGUUACUCGGCUGCUGAUCGUGUUACCAUGAAAACUACUUCAAGUACUUCAUGUUAGGAAAAUAUUGUGGCUUUGUUCGCAAGAUGAGCAGUUUCUGCAUGCACGCAUUUCUAGUAUUAGACAUAUGUCAGGCCAAGUUUUUAAAUUAUAUUGAACCCUACAUGUUACCACUUUUUCUAUCAACUUUCUUUGCUCGUCUCAGUUGAAGUUUACCAAGUUUCCUAGUGAUGUAUUCUUCCUGAAUAUAUUGAAAACGUCUUUUUCUGUGGUAUUCAUAAUCGCGGUACAAAUUGUGCCCUCGCCUUCUGCGAUCAGUAAUAUUUUCAAAUAAUGGCCUUCAUGUUGUGAUAGCAUUUGAUGACAGAUUGUCUACCUAGAUUGUGAAGAAACUGGUUCAAAAACGGCAAGAUGAAAUCAAGAAGAUAUAUCCUGGUUUGACAUGUUUUAAAGAAGGUGUAAGGCAGAUUCCUGUUGAGAGUAUUCCUGGAGUGGGUGAGUUCAUCCAUCUGUUGCCAGUUGUUUUAAUUGAAGGGGAAAAUUCUGAAAAUAUUCCCAUUUUCUACAUGAAGACCAAUCACAAGAGCCCAGAUAUAUAUAUAUAUAUAUAUAUAUAUAUAUAAAGAUAAUCUAAAACGUAACAUAUAUAUAUAAGAUAAUCUAAAACGUAACAAAAUGGAGAACAUACACGUAAUGGUAAUGUUAGUAGCGUUGUAGAGUGGAGAGGGACAGUGCCAGUGUGCCACCCUAUAGUAAACCUGCAACCUUCCUUGCAGAUGAGGUUAGGUCCGCCACUGAUACAUUGUGGUGAAUUUUCAAACAACCGAUAGACACGUUUGAUCUCUAACAGUGCACUUUGCCAUAAACUUUCUGUGUUAGAUUAUAAGAUGUAUCUCUAUGACUGUGUAUUUAUCUUGAGUUCACUACCAGAUGAAUGAGUGUUUACUAGUGCAAAAGGCUAACUGACUUGAGCUCCCAAGAAUUUCGUUCGCUGAGCUCGAUAUGAAGAGGACAUACUUAGAAUCUCGCAUUCAUUCAUGGACUUUUUUACCAUUCUUUUCAAACCGUAAUUUUUUCUCAACUCUGUAUUUCUUAUUUAGACGAGACUGGAUGGAAACCGCCCACUAAGGCAAGGUAAUUGGUGCACGUCUGAUUUUGAGAAUUUGGUUUGCAAGUAGGUUUCAACGCCAUCAGCCCGUUGAAAACAUUAGGUCACGUCAGCUAGUUUCCUAUCCAUUUAUUUUAUUAUCCAUGCUUUAAUUAAAUGGCUUUUUCGAUAAACUUUGAGUUUGCAAUAAAAUGAUUUCAAAUUCUCGCAUGGAAAUAACUUUGCUUUCUUUUUUAUUUAAAAAAUUCAAUAUAAUAAAAAAGGGAAUCAAUAUUAAAGAUACACUGAAAUUAUAUGCCGUCUUGUUUAGUUGUUUCAUAUAAGCAAAGGCCGUCGGGUUUUAAAGCAAUUAUAAAAUCAAUAUUUAAGACAAACUUACCUUCGUUAACGUCGGCUCCCUUCUUUUAGCCGAUUCUUUCGCCCUUUCUUUCUGAGAAAGCUUUUGAAAUUUACAAAAUCUUGCAAAAAUGCGAGCAAAAAUGAAAUAUAUUUGCAAGAAAUUUAUCAAUCAUCAAAUCAAGAAAUGUUUGCUAUUUCGCUGUCGUCAUGCAGUCGUUAUAAUGCAAACUUUAAAUUGGACCAAUCAGUGUCCGCUAUUCAUGACAGUCCGCCAUAUUUUUGAGAUCAGAGAGGAUGACCACGGUGGUCACCCGCGAUCGUUGAUGUCAGAUGAACUUUAUACUUCGCUAUUAAUAUUAAUGCUUUCGUUUCCCCGGGUGUAAGUAGCCGGGGGGAAUUAGUACCCUCGCACGGCACUUCGCGCCGUCGGCUCGGGGAAAAAUUAAAACAACUUAAUUUAAGAAACUUUCUCGCGCAUACAAUGAAUGAAUGAAAAGGAAAGCUGUACAUGUUUUUAAUAGGCAAAAAUUGAACAACAAAGUCAUACAUACACAGUCAAAACAAACUUGGCAAAAACGUCAGGAUUUCCUAAGCUAAACCAAUUCAUAUUUUUUCUUCAAAAAUUGUGUUAAACUUUUUGUGUUAAAAUGAUUUUCCAAGCUUUCUUACAUGCUUUUUUAUCUUUGUUUCCUUCCCUGGCCUUCAGCUACAGUUUGGAGGUCAGUUUAGGAUGACCACCCACGCACAAUGAAACAUAGCCAUGCGCCCGCGCGAGUAUUGAUGACCUUUAGACUUCGCCAAUGCAUUCCUUUUCCCGGAUGUAAAAUGCCAUGCGGAAUUAGUACCCCGGUCCGGACUUACCCCGGAUAAUAACGAUUUAAAGCCUCUUUUUUGACCAGUUUCUCUGUUUCGUGUGCAUGCGCAUGUAUUUUGCGCAAUAGAUUAUUAUUGCCAUUAUUGUUGUUAGUGAUUACAAAGUAAACAGCCGUAUUCCCUGUACCAUGAGCACCCCCCACCCCCUCCCCUCCCUGAUGUGUUAUCAUGUCCUAACCGGAAAUAUUUUAUUCAGGGGCGUUGAAUCUGUUGACCGAGAGAAGCUUUCUGUUCAGUUAAAGAACAUUUUGACACAAGUCAAGGUUGGUUUAUUGUAGCAAGAAGAACAACUUUCAGCAAUAGAUAAAGCACGCGUGACUAGUAUCUUUAUAGGAUUUAUCAUAGUGCAAAACCCUUAAUAUAAAUUUCAAUCAUGCAUAUUGUCUGACGUUCGAUUUUUGCGUAAGAAGUAAUGUAAUAUUAUAUACGAGAAAGCGUUUACAAUAUCGAGGAGUAUAAAAUACCAGAAAGUGCUUUGAAAUAAUACCUUUUCCAAGUGGAUAUAUAAUUCCUGCAGUGACUGUGCAAUCACAGAGAUUUUUAAAUUUUAAUUUUGCGUGUAUAUUUUUUAUCUCUUAUUCUAGAAUCACGCGAGCGCCUGGCCUUUCAUGAAAGCUGUCGAAGUGUCAGAAGCUCCAGAUUAUUACGAGUACAUCAAGUAUCCAAUGGGUAAGUUGUUAUACGUACAAAAGAAAGUAUUAAAGGAGAUAUUGCAUUAAACAGACAUUACAUUUACAUAACAGUUAUACUAAAUUUACAAAGACAUAUUUACAUUACCAUAAAUGAUCUGAUAAACAUACAUAAGUGCCUCGUGUCUAAUAAACCUCCCGACCAAAUCACUUAUUUGAAAUCGAGGGUUUGUAAUAAAUAGAGAAUAAUAUACAUGGGUGCGCGGAAAUACCAGAUUUAUUUCGAGUGUUGAACAUGAUAAUAGUUGAGAAGAGAUUACACCUCCCAGUGGUCAUUAUGCCAUUUAAAUGUAUUUACAUUUAACAAUUAUUCGCCGAAGGUGAGGCGAUUAUCAGGGAAUAUUCGCCGAGACGAAGUCGAGGUGAAUAUUCCCCGAUAAUCACCGAGCCUGAGGCGAAUAAUUGUUUUAGUAUUUUUACACAAGGCUUUUGUGUUUUUGGGACUGAAUUUAUUUUAAUUUCGCUUAUUUCUUUAUCAGUAAUUUCCACAAAACGUCUAGCCGCCAUUCUGAAAAUUUCGGUUUUGUUAUAUUCACCUACAGGUGAAUAUAACAGCUUAAUACGUCAAAUUUGACCAAUCAACAUGUAGGAUUUGUUAUGUCCACUUGUGCAAAAAUACUAAUUGAUUUUAGUAUUUAUUGAAAAUAAUUCAAGAGUUUUGAUUGGCUAAGAGCUGUCGGUGAAAUCGUCUGUCCGCUCGGUAGCUGCCCAAAUUUGGGGUUAGACAUCAUCGUGGAAUAUUGAAAACAAAUAAACCACGUUAUAAUUAUUGACGUAAUUUCGUGAUAUAUUGAAAAACAAUGUAACACGCUAUGACGUCACGCUAGUGAAUUAAUUGUUGCCCUGCUGCUCUCCCCGCUGUAAGUGUACAGUCCUGUUAGAUGUGUAUUAUGUUUGACUUUAAAAUCUUAUUUGCUAUUAUAUUUAUUUUUAAUAAGUGAUGAAAUAUUUCAAUUGUCCAAUGUCAUCUUCAUUAUUCAAUUCCUUUCAAGAAAAUGCAAAAUGUGAAUCAAGUUUUUUUGCUGAUACAUGUACGCGUCGCGUUCUUAUGUUUGUGUAUUCCGACAAGUAAAUAAUAAAUCAAUUGAAUUCGGUUCGGCCUCGGCCUUAAUUUAAUAAGUACUAGUUAAAACAUGAGCAGCCGAUCUCGCCUUCGGCUAACGUGAAAUUCAAACCCUAAUUUUAAAUAGGGCCUGACACAAAACCUGUUAUCGACACGAUCGUGAACUGUCGCAAACUAACCGUAAACUGUCGAUUCCGCCUUCCGCCUAUGAUUUUAUACUUCCUGUUUCUGGAAAACCACAAUAAUUUUUCGAAACCUCGACCCUGGUUUACGUGUUCAUACAUUGGGUUAUUUAUAAAUAAAGUUGUUUUAGUCUGUAUAGUCCUGCCAGUGCAUUAUUCACUUCAAUCACUUGAACAGGUAAAUAAAGCAAUUUUGAAUUCGAAAUAAACAAUUGCUGAUUUUGAAUAUAUAAUAUUUGGUCUUUCUUGGCGUAGCAGUGGCCUUUACACAAACAUUUUCGUACAUAUUUGAACCACUGAAAACUAAAACUAGAUGUUUGCGUAGGUAGGACUAAACCAGAAAUAAAAUGAAAUUCCUAUUUCGAACUCAACUAAAACUAAAAUAAAAUUUCUGUUUCAAACUAGAACUAGAUUAAAACUAAAAAGAAAUUCCUUUUUCAAACUAGAAUUAAACUAAAACUAAACAUAAAUGACUACAUUAAACUAAAACUCAACUAAAACUAAAUUGAAAACACCAUACUAAAACAACACUAGGAUACAGCAUCAGUCACAUCAAAGAGUUAAAACACCUUCGUGGGAAAAUACAAGACACGCGAUCAAAGAAGAUAUAAACAGACUGGUUCAGAACAGAUUACGUAUGUAUUCUUGUUCUACGAGUUUUCUUAGAGCCCAUUUUUCGAAACUAAUAGGUCUGAGUGUAGACUGAUACAGCACGGCGGCUGUGGUACAUCUUCUAAAACCAAGUUAUCCUUCAGAACUUCCCUACAAGAUUCCAUCUCCCUACAACAACAUGCUUGGUGUGUGUUUUGUAUAUGUGUUAACACACAAUGGCCGCAUUUACACUUGUGAAAUACGAUACAGGUGAAGUUUGAUGUGACUGAUGCGCCCUAUCCAAAAUAUAUCAGCCAGAGUUACUUAUUUUACGUUAAAAUGUUAAAAUAAAUCUAUGUUUAUGCUCACCACGAUUUAAUAUCUUCAAGGCCGUCUAAUCAUCGCUGUAGCAUCUCGUUUGUUCCUUGUGUUCCGCAUAUUCUUAGAUAUCGCGCGUAGUAUUCUUCGCUCGCUAGCGGUUCAUCGGCAUAUAAAAGGCUUGCAUCAUAAUCGCCUAAAAUUUCGCUACCAACUGCUUCUAGAGUUCCAAUUUCGUGACUUGUAUUCUGAGUCACAUUGAGAACCAUGAGUCCUGGAAAGCAUACAAAAUACAAACAAAUGUAUAUAAUACGCGUCGUGAUUAAGUCCCUUAAGCUACGUCACACAACGCUCGUCCCAGACUCUUGUUGAUACGCGACAUUUUCACGAAAAUCGCUGUUUAGAGCUUAAAGAACCUAUUAACUAACUUUUUGUACUCAAAAAAAAAGUGACAUAAGCACUUUAAGAAACGACCCAUCUUAUGAGUUAAUUGGGGAAGUAAUUUUAAAAAUAAACAUUGUCUAAGCCGAGAAAAUCAAAGCUGAAGUUGAUGUAAAUCAGGACAAAUCUUUAUCCGAUUUACAAACAUUAGCUAAACAUUCAUUUCUUUUGUAUUUUCCUCCUAAUUAUUAAUGAGUUUUUUAAUUUCUCAUAUCCUGCUCAUUCAAUAAUUGUUUAAUAUUUUAAUAACAUCACAUCAUAAUAUAUUUUCAAUGCAUCAUAUACCCUGGAUUCCAGAGCCUUCGACAGUAAAUAAUAAAUUGAAACGUCGCGAAGGCUCUGGUUCAACGGGGAGAUUCUUUGAUUGAACCGCGCCAAUCACAAAACAGAAACCACUAAUUCUGUUUUGUGAUUGGCGCGGUUCAAUCAAAGAAUCUCCCCGUUGAACCAGAGCCUUCGCGACGUUUCAAUUUAUUAUUUACUGUUGAAGGCUCUGGAAUCCAGGGUAUGCAUCAUAAUGACUUGGUCCCAAUAUUUUCAUCUAGACCUGAAAACGAUGACUGAUCGCCUCAAAGCUGGUUACUACAGCACCAAGAAACUUUUUGCUGCAGACAUGUUGAGAGUUUUUAAGAACUGCCGUACGUACAAUGCUCCAGACACUGAAUACUAUCGCUGUGCCAACACGAUGGAAAGAUAUUUUCUCAGUAAGAUUAAGGAAGUAGGAUGACCAAGACUAGUCACAAAGUGAGCGGACGUUUGAAUACCUUGUAUGUACAACAUAAGGUGUGGUAAAUGAUGUAAGAUAUUUGCAGUCAUUUUUUAAAUGGUAUUCAAAGGGAUACGGCGUGAUAAUUGGGCGUACUUAUGUACAUAAGAUACGCCGAUAUUACCGUCUGGAACUUCUAUGGUUUCAACCAUGCAAGUACUAUGUGUCCGUGUACUUACAUUUUGCUGGUACCAAUGACCAGCAAACUUUCUAACAGUGGCGGAUUACCGAGUAGGCUGAAGCCUACAGACGCAGACUUUCAAGAGGUCCGUGAUUUUGAGAUAAUGCACUUUUUGUUAGAAUUAAUAGAAUUAAUAUCUUUUGUCCUAACUAUGCGACGAGAAAUUGAUAUAGCAGCUAAUUAAAAAACUAUAAGUUCCUUGGUUUGACCUUCACAGUAACGCUUACACCCAAUUCAACUGGGCAAUGCUCAGCACUCAUGAAGUACUGCCAUGCAUAAUUUCCGAACGGGAGGAGCGCAAACGUCGACAAGAGGCUAAACGUAAAUGAAUUUUAAAGGUCCAGCAAUGUAUGAGCCCUGUUGCAUGUGCCCGUUCGUUUUCGUUGUCCAAAUCUAAGUCGCAAUCCGGCACUGCUUUCUAAGCUAUUCAAAACCGUGUUUAAGUAGCUAUGUUGGAGUCAAAUGUAUAUGUUGGUAUAUGCGAUUGUCAGUGUGGAUUAUAACAGUUUCGUUUGGCCAUGGGUCUGACAAUCUUGGACAUAGAUAAUAAUCAUCGGCCAUUUUUUUAUAUCCUUUAUCCAGAAAAAGUACACGUUAAGUAUUGUGCUUUUAUCAGCUGAAGAACGCUGCAAUAAUCAAUGGCGUACGGUUAGUAAAGUUAAAUAUCUUGAGUCAUCGCAACUUCAGUACAUACAGUAAUACAAUGCCUGUUUGCAGUCUUUAGAAUAUUUUAAAGGGGACAAACGUUAGGUGGGCAAAUUGUAUUGCUUUGAGAGAUUCUUGAGUGGGUGGGGAGAGCUAUGCCCGUCAUGUUAUACGUCAUCGUGCAUAUAUACGUUCCUGUGAAUUCAUAUUGGGGAUAUUAAAGAUGCGGUACCGUCCCUUCGCACGUGACAAAUUUGUUUCCAUUUUUUACAUCCAAGGAAAUUACCUGUAUACUCCAACCAGUAGAACCAGGCAAAGAAUUUUCAUCAUUUUCGAUCAAUCUAAGAAAAGAUAAGAUGUUCGUUUAAUCAAGCAAUUGUACGUAAAGAGGGCUUGGUAGCAAUGUGAUUCGUCGAAACCAACGCGCGAGAACUGAUCAGCUUUCAAAAUGACUAAUUACAAGGAGAGUAAAAUCAGAAAAGAUGCCCGGAAUGUAUAUAUAAAUUAAUUGUUUCAGGUUUCCGAUAAUCUCAGCAAUAACAACUAAUUGCUGCCGAAAUUAUCAAAAUCAAAAGCUAAUUCAAUGAAAAUAUCGUUUAUAGUUGUGCUGCUGCGAAAAUCUGGAAAGUCAUAUUAUAGGCACAAAAAUAGUGUCACAGCGGCAAUGAAUUCAUAUCGCGUUACUGUGCAAUGUACUGUGUUCAUCUUGUUAUUUGAUAUAAUUAUAUAGUUAUAUUUAAUUACAUAAUUUUUAAUAUUGUGAACACGCUGUUACACGUACGGCGCUUUGAAAGCGGCUCUUUACUUCACUAACUAUUGACUGUAUAUAACCACCACCAUGUAUAAAGAUGAUUUUCAAAUAAAUAAAUAUUGGUUCAGCUGUGAG